AUUCAACCAGGAGAGACCCGUCCAGAUUAAAGAUCUCUUUGUCAAAGCAGAACUGGCCAAGACAACAUCAAAAACAUCAAUGUAGACAGAAUAUAUCAUGAAAAUAUACUUCUUCUUUCGUAUCUUAUUAGCAAUUGGCAUCAACUUUCUGGUGUUUAUUACCAUGAAAUGACAGUGCUACUGUAGCCCUAUAUUUUAUUUUAGUCUAAAUAUUUCCCUUUGCACUAUAUGUUGUCAAUAAAGUGGCAUCAGUAGUGUGAACUUUCCGUUUCUUUGACACUCCUGCACUGAAGCCCGAUGACCAGGGGGCGUGUUUAAGACUUCCCGUUGCCCCCCAGGUGUUUCUAGUCACACAGGUGAGCCUCAUCAGGCUGUGACAUCACAGCGUGCAGAGCGUGGCUGCGCAGUGAGACAGAAUGCUGCCUGUCUGUCUGGUGUCCGUCUGUCUGCUCUCGGCUCUCUCAGCUUUAAGCUGGAGUCUGAUCCAGAAUCAGCCAAAUGGGACUUUAAAUGGAACUCUGCAAGACCGUGAGCUCUUCUCUGGGUACUUUGGAUUCAGAGACGUGUCGGGGGUGCGCUGCUUCAGUCCAGAACAGGAGCUGGAGUCCCGGAUCAUUGGGGGUCAAGAGGCCUGGGCCAACUCGUGGCCCUGGCAGGUCUCCCUCCAGUUUUCCUCCAUGCCGGCCUGUGGUGGUGCCAUCAUUGGACCCUCAUGGGUUGUAUCUGCAGCUCACUGCUUUAAAAGGUUCAAUAAAGCUUCUUCCUGGAUGGUUCUGGCUGGAAAACACGACUUGGAUAAUCCGCAUGAACCCAGACAACAAAUGGUCGGAGUCUCUGAGAUCCAAAACCCUCCUGGCUACAACCCUCUGACCAAAGAGAGCGACCUGGCUCUGCUGAGGCUGCACACCCCGCUGGUGUUCAACCGCUUCGUCAGGCCCAUCGACCUCUGGAUGUCUCCGCUGCCCCUCUUCAGCGAGUGCACCAUCACAGGCUGGGGCUCCACCCGAGAGAAUGGCCCACGAGUUAACAGACUGCAGGAGGUGAACGUGACCAUCCUGCCCCCUGAAGCCUGUGACGAGUACUACAGUGGGAAAAUACAACCCUCCAUGUUUUGUGCUGGAAAGCACACUGGAGGAGCAGACUCCUGCCAGGGGGAUUCCGGAGGUCCGCUGGCCUGCUUCACGGGAAGCCGGUAUGAGCUGGCCGGUCUGGUGAGCUGGGGUGUCGGUUGUGGACGAGAAAGGAAACCAGGGGUUUACGCCAAAAUCCAACAACACACUAAGUGGAUGUCCGAGGUCAUGGAUCACCACGGGGUGUAUGCAGAUGACAUCAAUACUAAAGAGAGCAUGUGUGGUAUGCUGCAGAGCUCCGGUUGUGAGAAGAUUCCGGGCCUCGCCACCCUCUCUGUGUCAAAGAGCGGUGGUCUGUCGGUGGGCAAUGUGACGGAGCCCUGCCCCUUUUUCUGGCCCUGGCAGGUGAGCCUGCAGGCCAACGGGCGCCACUACUGCAGUGGAGUGCUGAUCCAGGGUCAGUGGGUCCUCACAGCACAGCACUGCAAUGUCAGAGCCGAAGACGAUGUGGUUCUGGGAGUCCAUGAUCUCCGGUUCUCUUCGUCCCAAACUGUCCCCGUGGACGAGGUCUUCAAUCUUCCUCAGGAUGGCAGCUUCCCCCCGGGCUCGGACCUGUCUCUUCUCCGCCUCGCUGUGCCUGCCAGAUUCAGCUCCAAUGUGUCUCCAAUUUGUGUUCCUGAUGAGGAGGACAAUGAGGACCUCGAUGUCAGCUGGUCUUGUGUCACAGCGGGCUGGGGUGUUUCCAAAGCAGCAGAACCUGUGGAGCCGGAGCGGCUGCACCACGUCGGACUGACUCUAGUGAACCAGACGAGCUGCAGGGAGCAGUGGGGGGGGCUGGUCACCGGCGCUCACAUCUGUUCACAUCCGGCAGGCUCCAUCUCCUGCAUGGGUGACUCUGGAGCUCCACUGGUGUGUCAUCGGCGCGGUGCCUACUUCCUGUUUGGCGUGGUCACAUGGGGCAGCAGACGCUGCCAGGCGGACAAACCGGCCGUCUUCUCCAGGGUGUCUGCGUAUUGCUCGUGGAUCAGCAAGCUCACCGACGACUCCUGAUUGUUUCAAGAAAUAAAGUCUGACUGGAAACUGCUUGUUCUGCGCUUUUUAAACUGGACGACACUCUGCUUUAAUUUAGCGUAGCGACAUAAGUUGAUAGUGUCUUUACUCUCGUCACAUGAGGCGUUACUACUUUUUCUCCUGUUACAUGAGUCUUUAGUGACCCGUAGUCAUGUCCAUUAGACAUAUCGCUGGGUUUUUCCCUCAACCUGACGUCCUGUGGAAACUGCAUUUUAUUUGAAAGCCUGAUGCUACAGUGCUAUGGUUUAAAGUUUG